AUGGAAGAAGAAGCUGCUGUGGGCCACCCCGUCGUCCACCUGGAAGGCUGCUGUGGGGAAAGGACGUUUGAUUGCAGAGACGUGGCCUUCAUCAUUGGCAAAGGAGAAGACCACGACGUUCCCAUCGGAACUGACAAAGCCCUGGAGAAGAUGCAGCGGGGAGAACACUGUGUACUGUUCCUCAGAUCACGGUAUGGUUUUGGAGAGUCAGGGAAGCCUACAUUUGGCAUUGAACCAAAUGCUGAGCUUAUGUAUGAAGUUACAUUGAAGAGCUUUGAAAAGGCCAAAGAAUCCUGGGAGAUGGACACCAAAGAAAAACUGGAGCGGGCUGCCAUCGUCAAAGAGAAGGGGACUGUGUACUUCAAGGGAGGCAGGUACGUGCAGGCGGUGAUUCAGUACGGGAAGAUAGUGACCUGGUUGGAUAUGGAAUACGGCUUAUCGGAAAAGGAGUCCAAAGCUUCCGAAUCCUUUCUGCUGGCUGCCUUCCUGAACCUGGCCAUGUGCUACCUGAAGCUCCAAGAAUACAUCAAAGCCGUGGAGUGCUGCGACAAGGCCCUGGGACUGGACCGCACCAACGAGAAGGGCUUGUACCGCAGGGGCGAGGCCCGUCUGCUCAUGAACGAGUUCACGCUGGCCCGAGGCGACUUCGAGAGGGUGCUGGAGGUCAACCCCCAGAACAAGGCCGCGAGGCUGCAGAUCUCCGUGUGCCGGAAAAGGCGAAGGAGCACAACGAGCGGGACCGCAAGACCCUACGCCAACAUGUUCGCGAAGUUCGCAGAGCGGGGACGCCAAGGUGAAGAGGCCAGUAAAGCAAUGGGCAAGAAGACGUUAGUAGGGGUCGCCGAUCAAAAAGACACAGGAAGUCCAGCAGAGGAAGAAGGGCGAUCUGGAGACCACGUAUGACCCCACGCAAAGGAGGGAAGAGUCCCAGUGAACUCAGCCUGCUCCCCGGGCUUUCCCCAACUCAGGACUGACCGUGUUCGGUGUGCAGUUUGUCACAGUCUGUGUGAUUCUGGAAGCAAAUGGCAAAACCAGUGGUCCCCACAAAACCACCCCUGCUGCUGCCCAGGGCUGUCACUGAGGGGAGGCGUGGGACCCCUGUGGGGACACAGACAGGUGGCCGUUGGUGUGGAGAGGUGCAGCCGGCAGCGGAAGUCCAGCUCAUUUCAGUUCAGGUCAGCUU